GGGAGUGGGGGGAACACAAACUAAAGAAGGCGAACGAUGACCAUGACUGCAAUGUCAGAGAAUCUGAACGGCCCGGUGUCUGGGAAAGCAGUCUUUAUGGAGUUUGGGCCGUCUAGUCAACAGAUGUCGCCUCCCAUGCCUCACGGACACUAUUCCAUGCACUGUUUGCACUCCGCCGGCCACUCUCAACACGACAACUCGUACAGCUCAGCCUCCACCUUCUCCCGAUCGCUGGGCUACCCUUAUGUCAACUCAGUCAACAGCCAUCCCACCAACCCUUACAUCACCUCUGUGCAAUCGUACCAAAGCAACUCCAACCUGACCCACACGCGAUUAGAAGACACAGCAGCAGAUUCGGACAAAGGUUCGGCGGUGGAGAGCGGCGAGAUCAGGUUUAACGGGAAAGGGAAAAAGAUCCGCAAACCCAGAACCAUUUACUCCAGUCUGCAACUGCAAGCCCUGAACAGACGGUUCCAACAAACCCAGUACUUGGCUCUGCCCGAAAGAGCUGAACUUGCGGCUUCUCUGGGACUCACACAGACACAGGUAAAGAUCUGGUUUCAGAACAAGCGCUCCAAGUUCAAAAAGCUGAUGAAACAGGGCAACGGCGCGUUGGACACCAGCGCUUUGGCCAACGGUAGAGUCUUGACCGGGACUUCUCCUCUGGUCCCACCCGUGUGGAACACCGCAUCGGCGGCCAAGAGCUCCACUGGCAACCCGGCAAGUUACAUACCCACCUACACAUCAUGGUACCCUCCAGCACACCAGGAAUCUAUGCAACAGCCCCAACAACUCAUGUGAAAACCAACCGACCAACCGACCAACCAACCAAACAACCA